GUGGUUAAUUUUAAAGUUGAGUUACCUUUAAAAUAAUUAGUUUUAGGGACCUUCACAAAAAAAGAUCACCAAUAAAGCAAAUCAGCUGUUAUCCGUCAAUCGAUGUCAACAAAAUUACAUAAUUUUGUUUAGAAAAAUAGUGAAACACAUUAUUUUUGAAUGUCAUUUUGAAAUUUUCAUAACAUAUUAUACAUUCCAAUCUGAUCAUCAGUGAAAUUCUGAAAGUAAAUGUAUUCGCAAAUGCUUAGUGACUUUGCGUGUUUUUUGUGUUUAUGUUUAGAAUGUAGCCAAACGUUUUAGUCAUGGAUCGCAACAAUAUAAUAGAGUGUGGUGGUUUUUAUUUUAUACAUAACUUUGAUUCGGGCAAUCUGGGUCAUGUGGAACGGGUGCCCACCGAGUUUAUUGCUCCGACUGUCAAUCCUAAAACGAACGUAGCAGAGACUCCAGAUUAUGAGUUCAACUUGUGGACGCGGCCAGACUGUGCCGGCACAGAAUUUGAAAAUGGAAACCGAACUUGGUUCUACUUUGGUGUACAGGCUGGCGAGCCUAAUGUUCAGGUGCGUUUGAAUUUGAUAAACCUGAACAAACAAGGCAAAAUGUACAACCAAGGCAUGGCGCCUGUCACCCGCACACUGCCUGGAAAGCCGCAGUGGGAAAGGAUAAGAGAUCGCCCAGUACAUUCAACGGACGACAACACUUUCACACUCACUUUUAGAUAUCGAACAGCAGAGAAUCCCAAGGCAACAACGUUCUUUGCGUUCACUUAUCCCUACUCAUUUGCUGAGCUGCAGAUCGCACUGAACUCGAUAGACUUGAAGAUGUUGCCACUGCCAACUCCACAGUCUGCCGAUGACAUUUAUUACUGCAGAGAGUGUUUGAUAUAUUCCUUAGAAGGAAGACGAGUGGACUUACUGACAAUAUCGUCCAAUCACGGCAUAACAACAGAACGGGAAGAAAGAUUGAAGAACCUAUUCCCAGAAAACCAAGAGAGACCAUUCAAGUUUAUGAAUAAAAAGAUCAUCUUCAUAUCAGCAAGAGUGCAUCCAGGGGAGACGCCUUCGAGCUUUGUAUUCAACGGUUUCCUAAACUUGCUGUUAACAAGGAACGAUCCAAUUGCGAUCCAGCUGCGAAAGCUAUACGUCUUCAAAAUGAUACCAUUUCUGAACCCCGAUGGAGUUGCGAGGGGCCACUAUAGAACUGAUACGAGAGGUGUUAAUCUAAACAGGGUUUACUUAAAUCCUUCAUUGGCAUGCCAUCCUACGGUAUACGCGUCGAGGGCUCUUAUAAGAUACUAUCACUUCGGUCAAGAAAAAGAAGAAGAUAUUUGCGAGGAGGGCAAGAGUUUUACAUCACGCAGUAUACAGAAUAUUAGCGAAAGUGCAGAGUUGGUGGAGAAGAAAAAGAAGAAAAGUCCAAGUUCACCAUCGUAUAAAGGCGAUUCCCUCAAGCAAAGGGAGAAAGUCAAGGCCGGGAACAAAUCUUCCAUGAUGCUGAAAGACGCGUCGGUUGACAGUUGCAGGGACAUAAACUCGCUGGGCGGCGAUGCAACUAAUUUGGCUGAACAGGUAUAUGAUAUGAAGCUACAAGAGAUGCCGUCUCAAUCGAGCGACGUAUCUUCGAACAUCUCCACAAACGCGGACGAGACCACGUCGCUCCUGAACGACAAUGUGCUGCGAUCGUGUUUAGGAUCAACAGUUCAUCUCAGUACGAGCGAAGAGCUGAACAUCAACGGUAGCAAUCCCUUGAAACCUUUGAGGGACACCUUGAAGAACAGCAUCAGUUUACUGAUGGAGUCCAGUUCUUCGGCUCUUGACGAGGGCUCAGGAGCUGAGUGUAAGGAACCCGCCAGCAAGGUGAAGAUGGGGUGGUGCUGUGAGUGUCGGCAAGCCGUCGCUAGGCUUGAAGACACUAUGCCCGGUAUCACCAGCCUAGUUCCCGGAUAUAGUGCUGCUAUGAUGCGCCCUGAAUACCCCACUUACCACUCAAUAGAAGAGUACAGGGAGCAUCAACGAAAAGAGAUUGAUGAACUGAAUACCAGAAUGAACGUCGGCGAGUACAAUGAGAACGGCGAAAACGUUUAUUUCUGUACAAACUGUUUCAAGAGAUACAUAAUUUCCGAAAACAAUGAAGAAAUAAAGCUGUGUGGCGCGGUAGAGGCUUCGUCGAUUGCCAGCGUGGCCGUGUCUGCGGGCGACGGGAAUGACGUGCAUGCGCCCUCCGCGCCCCGCUCCCCCGCUCCCAGCGUUGGCGACACACUCGUACCGCAACAACCGUCCCCACCGAAGGAGGAGAAACAAAAACCCGGCAAAGAUAAACAACCAAAGAAGAAGGUUCCCGCAACCACUCCUGUGCCCUUAAUGCCUCGGGCGACGCACAAGGAAACAGAAUCUGGACUGUAUUUGUAUAUUGAUUUACACGGACAUGCGUCCAAAAAAGGUAUUUUCAUGUACGGCAACCAUUUUGAGGAACUCGAGAGCUGCGUCGAGUGCAUGCUACUGCCGCGAAUCAUGUCCCUCAACAAUCUGCACUUCCACUUUUCUUCCUGCAACUUUACCGAGCGCAACAUGUACCUCAAGGACAGACGUGAUGGCAUGUCACGUGAAGGCUCGGGACGCGUUGCAGUAUUAAAAGCCACUGGUCUGGUGCGCUCGUACACGCUCGAGUGCAACUACAACACUGGGCGGCUGGUGAAUGUGUUGCCGCCCACCGCGCGAGAGGGCCCUUCUACGGUGCUGCCCUCUACGCCAAUGCCGCCAAAAUACACCCCGCACAUCUUCGAAGAGGUGGGUCGUUCUCUGGGCGCGUCCAUCUUGGAUCUUACGGGCCAGCACCCCAACUCACGCAUCCCAUGCUCCGAGCAUCGCAACCUGUCCGCUGUACGCGAGUGGCUGCGCGCGCACACACGCACCAUGCGCCCGCAAUUGACGAUGUCACGUCUCCGACCGAAGACAGCGUCGCCGACGAGGGUGCCGCCGUUUGCUCGGUCUAAAGCCAAAGUGACGGACGAGCGGAAAGAGAACGCCUACGUCCCUGUGAAAACGGAUACAGAGAGGAAACGAAGUCCCCCAGUACUGGCGCAGCGGUCGGGCGAGCUAAUAAACAUGAACAUGAAAUUCGCCAAAAAGAACGAGCCCGUCAAAAGCACGUCUCGAACUCGAUAUUUGGCCGAAAAUGAGCCUAAGCCAAAAACUUUGUCAACAAAACGAAGGAACAUACUCGCGAUCCGGAAGCCGAACACAUCGAAAACGCAAGCGAGCGGAAUUGUCAAAGCGAAAGCUAAUAGAAGAGCUGCAGACGAUACUGAGAAUCCUCGCACAGCUUUAAUAUCGACGAAGUUGAGUAAGCGGAGCUUCUCACGAGCGCUUCGAGUAGGUUCGCGCGCCAGUAGCAAUCGUUGCCGAGCGAUGGCUUCUUCGUCCUCAGACGAUGUGUUAGGUGGAGGUUGGGAGGACGUGUCUGGGGGCACGGCGUUGGGCGAGUCCUCGAUGGCCGCCAAACGGCGUCCUUUCGCGAACCCUUCGCCCUCUCACCUCAAAAAGAUCAGGCUUAAGUCGAGCUUGUAGCGUAAGGCCCGCGCGAGGCCCGCAUCAGACGCUCUUUGAAUACUCAGGGCCUCAAAGCGCAUCUUAAAACGUAUGUUAAAGACCCUAGACCAUAAACAUUUGAUCGGCUGAUAGUUUAAUUUUGUCCUACAUAUUGGUCCUACUAACUAACUAGAUGGAUUACUUGUUGAGUAUGAAUCAAGUCAGAUAGAUAGUUUACACUCCUGAGAUAGUAGAGCCAUAAUAUCGACGAAGUUGCCAUAUUGCGCUUUCCAAACGUAAGCACAAGGUCCCUAAAUAUAAAUAACAUAAAGUUCACCAAUCAAACUAAGUCUAAUAAAUUUGGUCAACUUUCAAAAGACCGUCCUUUUUCCUCAUCAGCGUCGUAUCAACCCAUUACCAGUGCGGAUUGGUGGACAUCAAUCGUGUCAACAAUCGUGUCUAACAAUAAGCAUAUGAAUUUCGGCCGAUCAAGUUUGUGAUCUAGUGACUAGUUUAAUUUUAGAUACAAUUUGUGGGUUGUUUACGGAGAUUACUGUUUAGUUAACACCAAUUUUAAUUCCCGUAUCCGUACUAUUUUAGUACUGUAGCUUAGCCGGACUUGAGCCGUCGAAGCUGGCCUGUCGCAUAUACCAACACCUUUGUCAUUAUGUAGCAGACAAGCUGCAAUGGGAUAGUAAUGUAAAGCUAAUGAUUUAGGUGGUGACCAGCUCUUAGAUGAUAAAUAACGAUGAUGGGUGCAAUCUAAAGUUACAACACUGAUUCGGCAGUGCGUAAUGUUUAGGUAUCUCGUUAACUAAUCCUUUCGGCAUCUAAAGAUUUGAAACUGAGAUAUUCCACGAUAAUAAAAUGGGAUUUGUCGAUAUUUCGACCCAGUUGCGUCGACGUGGUCACGAGUGGUCUCAACUGACUCUCAAAAGGACUGAGCCUUGGCAGAUAAAAAAAAUGUUAACCUUUAAAUCCAAUCGAAAAUUAUGAUAAUACAAACACAAAAUACCACACCUUGUGACAAGAAUCAUAGACAAGUUAGGUUAUAGAGUUGCCUACUGAAAAACUAUUAGUGAAAGGUAAUUGUAUACCUAUCUGCUUUGAUUAAGCGUUACUUACUUAGCCUAUUUUUUUAUUCGUCGAUAGUAAAAAUGGGGGCAUAGAGCUAUUGGCACAUUAUUGUUGAUUGAUACAGCGGGGAAUUCUCGCAUUCAGUAUUACUUCAGGACAACAUAAUAUAGGGAAGUUAGACUACGUGUAGUAUAAAAUGAGGGGAUUCCCCACGUAACGACAAAUGAAAUUCACCAGUCGCAUGCGUUUUGUAACCCAAAUCCAACUGGCCCCAGCCCCUAAGGCUGAUCGCACAUUGGCUACUUAAGCUUUAGCAGCAUUUACUGAUGUGACCGAACCAAAAAUUAUAGCGUAUUCCACUGCCUAUACUAAAUAGAAAAUUGUCGCUUACGGUUCAGGCAACAGUAUUAUAUAAUAUUCAACUAAGAAUUAUGAGAAAUUCUACACCAAUCGUCAAUUAACAUUCAUCAUCAUCCUCAUUCGCAGCUGAUUAACGUCCCACUGCUGGACACAGGCCUCGUCUCCCACAGGAGAGACGACUUAAGAGCAUAGACCCACCACGCUGCUACAAUGCUGGUUGGUGGGCUAUUACCAUUAGCACCAUAGAAAUCGCAGACCCGAUAAUCUCAGAGAUAAACUCAGAGUCAUAGUAAAACAAACCUAAUGUGCCUCAUCUCAAAGCUUCAGUUCGGUAAAAUACAUCAAUUUACACAGUAAAACUAGGCAGAAACAUCCUUACUCCUUACUUAAUAUUAUAAUUGCGUACAUGUGUUUUUUUGUUUGUCCUUAACGCCCUAUUUUAGCAAACAGUCAACUUUAUUUUUGAAUGAGUUAGUUGAAAGGGAGAAGAGUAACAAUAGGGAAACAAACGGUUCCAAUGGGAUUUGUGAAAUACCGUAAUAAGUACGGAGGAACGAAACCCAAGCUGUCACGAAAUAACAACUGUAAAACACGAAGGUAUUAUUUUAUUAUGUCGUUGUAAUGUUGAUUCUCAUAAACCAUCGAUUCCAACAAGGUGUGAUUUGUACCAAGGUUUCUUUAUUUAAAAUUAACGUAAGCGGUUUUGUUUUGUUUGCCAUUUAUCGUUAGUUUUAAACUUCUCUAGCUUUUAUAUUUCAGAAUAAGAACGAUAAAUUCAAAUUCAAAAAUUCUUUAUUCAUGUAGGCCUAUCACAUGCACUUAUGAAGCGUUCAUAGAUAUAUGUUUAUUGUGUUACUGUGUUAUAAAAUAGUGCAUGCCAAUAUUUCUGUUGUAAUACUUGUACACUUUGUUUUCUCUCGUAAGGCUACAUACCACCUCAGUUGAAAUCUCCGUUGAAAACAAAAUCAAGGCUAGUAGGAAUAUUUAUUUAAUAUGACCAUUCGGAGACUAUUCUUGGAAGGAAUAUUCGCGCUUGCCGGACUCUGUAUGGAAGAUACGCUAUCCAUCGAAGAAAUAUUAGGAUGAAAAGAAUUUUCUUCAGAUGAAGAUUGUUUCUCAAUUCGAAUCAUAUUACAACCUUUAUGAUUUAUGGAUUUCAGUACAUUACAACCCCGAAAAUCCUUAUGAUUGCAAUGCCUUUAGAUAACGGAUCUUGUUUAUAAGGCUUUGUUGAGCUAGUGGUGUGGAAACUAUCUUUUCGUUACUUAUAAGUGUGAAGCACUUUAAAGUUACAUUAUUUGACAUUUUAAAAACAAUGGAGUAGUGUUUGACAAUCAAUAAAUUUGCACGAAACAUUUACGUUUAUCCACGCAAUUUGAGCAUCUUAAAACCAAGAGUGAAAUCAGCAAGUUUGCCCUAAGAGUGCGGUAACAUUAGGUAUUGUUAAAAUUGCGAAUGUAAUAUCAUAUUUGUUUUAAAAACCCCUUGACGUGCCGUCCUGUGAAUGUGCACUGGUUUUUCAGAUUUUAUUUCAUAGUUUCUUCGCUAGGAACCGCUAGCUCUUGAUUUAUAGACGAAUUUGAUCGUUAAAACAGGCGUAUUAAGUUUUAGCUUUGACUUUAUUGUAUUCAGAUGCUCAAAAUCAUUGACCCUUGUGAUUUUUAAGGGUGAAAGAUCCGAUCCGAAGUUCGCCUUUGAAUUUUUUUAUAAGGGUUUCUUUCCUUGGAAUGCGGUUACGCGAACGGGGAGAAUUAAAAACUUUAUGUUGAAAUUAGCAGUAGAAUUAUUGUAUAGGGAUGUAUUGUGUAAUGCCGAUUUACAAUAAGUUAGAAAAAUAUAGAUGUGAGGUGUGCUAUGAAAGACAUGAU